AUGGCACCAGAAAAGAAACACGACCGUUCUAGCUCAUCGGUCUCCGGGACCAACGUCGAGCACAACGACCAAGCACCACAAACUAGCGUCGAUGACUCGCGAGAUGCCACCAAGAAUGAACGGCUGGAAGCACCGAAGAAGCUCGCAAACCCCCUGGCUGGCCUCACCCCCGAGCGACUGAGGACCAUGGGGGAAGACUACGCCAAAUUGGCCGGGCUGACUAGCGACGAGGACAUGCGCGCAUUCCGUCUCGGUGCCAUGAUCGCCGGAGACAACACCCAAUACGACCAAAUCCCGGAGCUCACUGAGCGUGAGAGGGAAGUUCUAGAGCGAGAGGUUACCCACAAGUGGUCGAACCCUAGCAUGCUCUACUGGGUCGUUAUUAUCUGCUCUCUCUGCGCCGCCGUCCAGGGUAUGGACGAAACGGUCGUCAACGGCGCCCAAAUCUUCUACAAGGAUGCCUUCGGCAUCGGAACCAAGAGCGAGCGGGACACCUGGCUCGUCGGUCUCGUAAACGGCGCCCCAUACCUCUGCUGCGCAGUUAUGGGCUGCUGGCUCACCGACCCCAUGAACAGGGCCUUCGGCCGCCGUGGAACCAUCUUCAUCUCGUGCCUGAUCUCCGCCCUCGCCUGUUUCUGGCAAGCUUUCACGAACACAUGGUGGCAUAUGUUUAUCGCCCGCUUCGUCCUCGGAUUCGGCAUCGGCCCCAAGUCAGCGACCACGCCCGUGUUUGCUGCUGAAUGCUCGCCCCCGAAACUCCGUGGUGCUCUUGUCAUGCAAUGGCAAAUGUGGACUGCCUUCGGUAUUAUGGUUGGGUACAUUGCCGACUUGGCGUUUUACUUCGUCCCUGACAGCGGUGUCGAGCUUGGUUUGAACUGGCGUCUGAUGAUGGGUUCCGCCAUGCUGCCUGCCAUCGUCGUCUGUCUGCUCGCUUACAAGUGCCCCGAAUCUCCCCGCUGGUACCUCACAAAGGAUCGCCACAGCGACGCUUUCGACGCCGUCUCUCAGCUGCGUUUCGAGAAGGUCCAGGCCGCCCGCGACUUAUUCUACACCCACACCCUUCUCCAGACCGAAAAGGAGGCCAUGUCUAUCGGCUCCAAGAACCGCGUCAUGGAGCUGUUCACCAUCCGCCGCAACCGCAACGCCAUGGUCGCUAGCGAGAUCGUCAUGUUUAUGCAGCAGUUCUGCGGUGUCAACAUCAUUGCCUACUUCUCCUCGGAAAUCUUCCGCGAAGCCGGCUACAGCGACGUCCCCGCCCUCGCCGCCUCCCUCGGCUUCGGCGUCAUCAACUGGCUGUUCGCGCUCCCCGCCUUCUACACCAUCGACACCUUCGGCCGCCGCAACCUGCUCCUGACCACCUUCCCCCUCAUGGCCCUCUUCAUGUUCUUCACCGGCUUCUCCUUCUGGAUCCCCGAGGACACCACCGCGCACAUCGCCUGCAUCGCCCUCGGCAUCUACCUCUUCGGCGUGGUCUACUCACCGGGCGAAGGGCCCGUGCCGUUCACCUACUCAGCCGAAGCCUACCCGCUCUACAUCCGGCCGAUCGGCAUGUCGCUCGCGACAGCAACGACGUGGUUCUUCAACUUCAUCCUGGCCGUCACCUGGCCCAGCAUGCUGGAGGCGUUCCGCCCGCAGGGCGGGUUCGGCUGGUACGCCGGCUGGAACAUUGUCGGCUUCUUCCUCGUGCUGUUCUUCGUGCCCGAGACCAAGGAGAAGACGCUCGAGGAGCUCGACGGCGUCUUUGACGUGCCCCUGCGCCGGCAGGCCGCGUACGGCGCCAAGCAGUUCGUCUAUUUCUGGCGCCGGUACGUCUUCCGCCAGGAUGUGGCCAAGCCGGUGCUGCCGCAUGAUGAGCCGGUCGGGUUCACGAGGGAGAAGGACGCCGCGCUGAGGGAGAAGGUGGCGCCGAAGGACGGGGUUGCCGCGGCGUAG